GGGUUUCUUUCGUUGUUGUGUGUAAUCGAAGGAACACUGUGUCUGGCCUUUUUGCAAGCAGUUCCUUUCUCGUUAGUUUCAUGGACGCCACGAGCCAUUUUUUGCGCUGCCACUAAUAACGCACGUUUUGCCGACGCUAUUUUGUAAUACCAACGUGCGUGUAGUUCACAUGUUACAAAAACUGGUUAAACGUACACACGUGAUAUUUUCUUGUUGUUUGUGUUAAUUGAAAUUCGUGACGCCAAAACUUGAAUGCUGCAAAACUUAGACUGGUACUUUGUAAGCGAAUGUAUGAACAAAUUAUAAUGUGCUAAUUAGCAGUUUCCCCUUUCAAUCGGCAAAAAAAAAAGAAAUUUUAUGAACAGAAAAGAAAUGAAAAUCGCAACAGAAUUAAUUGUGACAUAUAUUUAAGUUGUUUUGACAGUGCAAACAAAGUGUUUCAUUAACUUUUUAUAUGUGCGGCUUGUCCAACGAAAUUCCUUCCGCAUCAAUGACUAUGAUACGUUGCAGUAGCCCCGCCAUGUCCGAGAUAUCGGUGGGUUCCCCCAGUCCACCGCCGCCCAGACACCGAACGUCUCUAACGCCAGUCAUUGCAAAAGCUUCCUCUCAGAAUUGUAUCCCUCCGGCGAAAAGACAAAAGACGCCUAUGAACCAUCUCCAACAUGCGGAUUUUGUCCAGCCUUUGCCUCAAAGACGAAAAUCCAGCCAUGAACGAGUUAAAAGCUUUUCCAUUGCCGAUAUUUUGGGCAAAAAAGAAGAGAAAACAGAUCCUAAGAAUAUCAAUGCUUCACCUCCACCACCCGUUACCAUUCGACCACGAGUGGUGGGCCCAACCAUGUCCGGUAAUAUUCCAAUAACUCAUACAUUACCAAUGCCUGAAGUAUGUGCUUCAACGGCUCCUUUGCUUAUGCUCGAUUUGCCCUCAAUGCACAAGCUCAUGCCCACUUCAUGGGGUGAUCCUGUCCGUUUGGGGGCCAUUGCUCUUCCAAAUGCAACUUCACCACACCUGACACUGCAACCGUUAAUACCACCAACCCUUCUACACUAUGAGCAACGUCUGGCUUGGGACUAUCAUCGGCAAUUGCAAGAGCAUUUUCACGCCCAGGCCCAGUUGCUGCGUCAAAUGAGCAUGGACCCAAAUAUAAUACCCUCAGAAGAUGGCUCCGAACGAGGAGGAUCUCGCGAUUCCAGUUCUGGUGGCAGUCAAUGUUGUUCCCCGGAGGUCAAUGUGGCCAGCGAGGAUGAUGAUGCCGAUGAGGAUGAAGAUGUGACAGAAAGAAGUGAUCGCAAAUGUCAGUCAUCAUUAGAGCGAUUAUCGGCCAGCGAAACUGAAGAAGGUACAAGGAGUAGCGGAAAUAAGAGUUCGAAAAAUCCCAAUGAUACUCCUUUAGAUGCUCUGUUCCAAUUAUCAACCAAAAACUUUGACGAAGACCAAGAUCCUGCCACCUUAAGCAUAUUUGCCACACGCCCAAAUCCCAAGAAGAAAAGAAAAAGUCGUACUGCCUUUACUAAUCAUCAGAUUUUUGAACUGGAGAAACGGUUUCUAUACCAAAAAUAUCUUUCGCCAGCUGACCGUGAUGAAAUUGCUGCCGGUUUGGGUCUCUCAAAUGCACAGGUGAUCACUUGGUUUCAAAACAGACGUGCCAAACUCAAGCGGGACAUGGAGGAACUCAAAAAGGAUGUUGAAAGUGUGAAACAAUUACCCGACCAGUCAGCCGACAUCACCAGCAGCCCCACCAACACCAUACGGAAGUCAUCCAUUCAGCACCGCCUGCACAUGGCAACCUUGGUACAUCAGCAGGAUCAACAUCAGCAGCGACCACAGAACCUUCAGCGACACUGCAGCAACAGCACAGUACCAUUCCAAUCCGCCUUCCUCUCCCCCAUCCAGCACACUACCACACAACUGUCAACACGUGCGAUGAAAUCGGAGAAGCUCUACAGCCCAACAUUACCACAAACACCAGCAGCAGCCCCCAUGAUGACAGCGACGCGGAACAGCCCCAAGUCAGAGUCAUACCACAGCAACAACAGUCACCACAUCAAAUCCCCCCACGCAACUUGCAAAUCAACAAUAGUCGAGGCUAAAAAGGAUAUCAAAUUAUUGAAAUUAUGUACUCUCCUACAUUAUAGUCGGCAGGAAAAGAGUCCCAAUUUAGAGAAAUUCUGAAUUAUGAUUCCCCAACCGAAAUUAGCUUCAUUUGAAAUUCUCAAAUGAUGGUAAAAAUUACUAUGAGAAAAGUAUUUGAAUACGAAAAGCCUAGCAAAGAUUUCCAGAAUGUAUGGGUUAUUCCAUAGCAAAAUGUAACGUUAGAGGAAUGGAAUCCCAACCGAAAUUAGCUUCAUUUGAAAUUCUCAAAUGAUGGUAAAAAUUACUAUGAGAAAAGUAUUUGAAUACGAAAAGCCUAGCAAAGAUUUCCAGAAUGUAUGGGUUAUUCCAUAGCAAAAUGUAACGUUAGAGGAAUGGAAUCCCAAAAAAGUUACCAAUUUUGACAUAGCAGUUUGUCUGCACAAAAGUCUCUUGUUUGGGCAUAUUUAAAAACAGUUGAAACUCUCUAUAACCAACUAUUCUUUGACGAAUUGUUCUCCAUAACGAAUAAAAUUGAAGACAAAACUUUUUGCCAGCCAUUUUUACCUACUUGAACCUCCCUAUAACGAACUUCUCUAAAACGAAUAUUUCUCAGCAACGAUAUUUUCUAGUGCGCAAGUUCGCUCUAUAACGAAUUUAUGAAAAACUGUUUUUUUUCUAUUGAAACUCGCCCAAAAAGUGAAUCGAAACAAGCCAUUCAGUGUUGUUCAUCAACCCACUUGCAGACAGCCACAAAUAAAAAUUUCUAUAAAAUACUCGUAAACACCAAGCAAUGCUUUUUGUUUGCUUUGUGUGUCGAAAAACAUACAAAACAGUGAUGUGUGAGUAAUACUACAGUGUAAAUGAACUGACAGAAAAAUUGCAAACAAACCAGAAAAAAUAUCACUCGUAAAUAAGUUGUUUCAUGAUCGGCCGAGGGACAAGAAAAUGGCAAAACGUUAAGGUGUAUCUAUUGAAGAAUAGGGCUGUAUAGUAUACAAAGUUGGUGAAGGCCCUAAGAAAAUGAAAAAUGUGACCUAACAAUUCGUCUACUGCACUCUAAAGUAAAAGCCUAGCAGGCAGUUCGGCCGGAUUCUGCUAAAAUAUCGGAGUUAUAGACCGAAUUAGACCGUACUUGCCGCAGUUGUUAACAGUCAUACCAGAACACUAUAAACAAAAUUUCAGCCAAAUCGGAAAAAAUCGCGACUUGUAAGGUCUCAAGAAGUCAAAUCGGGAGAUCGGUUUUUAUGGGAGCUAUAUCAUGUUCUUGACCGAUUUGAACCGUACUUAGGCAGUCAUAACAGAAUACCAUGUACAAAAUUUCACCCAAAUCGGAUGAAAAUUGCUGCUUCCAGGGGCACAAGAGGACAAAUCGAGAUAUCGGUUUAUAUGGGAUCAAUAUCAGUUUAUACACAGAUUGUAGGAAGUCAAAAUAGAACACUAUGACUUCCAGGGGUUUAUAUGGGAGCUAUAUCCAAAUGGCCCAUUUGCAAUCCCCAACAACCUACAUCAAUAUAAAGUAUCUGUGCAAAAUUUCAAGCGGCUAGCUCAACGCGUUCGACCGCUAUCGUGAUUUCGACAGACGGACGGACGGAUAUGGCUAGUCCGAAUCAGAAUUUCGAGACGAUCAAGAAUAUAUAUACUUUUUGGGUUCCUAGAUCAAUAUUUCGAGGUGUUACAAACGAUAUGACUUGAUUGGUAUACCCCCAUCCUAUGUUGGUGGGUAUAAAAACGGAAACGUCAUCUGUACCCAGUACAUUUUUGAAUGCCUGAGUAUUCAUGUACUCAUGUUUGAUUGUUUAUUUUUGCACAUAGGUCACAUUAAACCUAAAUUAUGUCAGUUUCUCUAUAAUUUAGUAUUUCGUCGGUCCCCAACUGCAACUUUAUAGAGAAGUUUGACUAUUCUAUGUGCCAAAUGUCAUGCAAUUCAAAUAUUUUGUAUUAUAAUGGAAAGAUUAAUGACAAUUACAUAUGUGUGAAACAAAAUACCUGACAAAUAAGCACCACCGCUUGGGUGGGAUAAUUUUAACCGAUAGUCCAUAUUUUAAAUGAUUACGAAAAAUAUUUGGAAUUCAAUGUGGUUAAAGACGAUUUAAUUUGGCUAAAAUAGCAGAGCGAAAUGUUUGCUAAGACAACAGUCCCAAUGCUUGCAAAUAAAGCAGUCAUAUCUGCUACCCCUUUUUCUGCGGGCACAUAUUGCUUCAGCUAACCUUAGGUUAGGUUGAAAAGAAGGUGCGAAUAUGCAUCUGCCCCUUUCUACUAUGGACAUACACCUUAGCCAAUAAUCGGUUUGUUGUGCGCUUAGUUAGCAUGUCCGCCUACGCAGCUGAACGCCCGGGUUCGAAUCCUGGCGAGACUAUCAGAAAAAACUUUGUUCAGGGGUGAGCUUUUGUGAGCUACUAUGCCAUGAAAAAACUUCUCUCCAAAGAGGUGUCGCACUGCGGCACGCUGUUCGGACUCGGCUAUAAAAAGGAGGCCCCUUAUCAUUGACUUUAACUUGAAUUGGACUGCAAUCAUUGAUAUAUGAGAAGUUAGCCCCUGUUUUUUAGUGGAGUGUUCAUGGGAAAAAUUUGCAAUUUUAUCGACUGUUUCGCUGUUCCAUAGUGUUACAUGAGCCCGCGCUCUUAAAUCGGACUGCGUCGACCCGAAAGGCUUCGGGUUAACCAAGCUAUGGCCCGGCACCCAAACGAGAACAAGAUCAUUUGAAAAGAUUUUCCUUAAUGGACACGUAGAGAUUUGUGAGACAUUCACCCAUAAAAAACAUCUCCGCAAAGAAUUUCGCUUUGCAUCUCCCGUUCGAAGUCGAAUAUAAAUACAUAUAUAUAAAUUGGAGAAGAGUUCUCGUUGUUCUCUAAUGGAAUGCCUUUUAGGAAAUUGUAAAUAUCUAUUUAUGAACUUGGAUGGAUGUGAGAUUUCGACACACGGACAGACAGGGAAAGGUCUACUUAAAAUGGCAAGACCAUCAGAAGUAUUUGGGAGUUGCCUCCACAAUCUAACGCGCAUAACUUGAGCUAAAACGCGUUAGAUUGUGGAUAUAUACAUAUAUAUUUACCUCAUAGUAAUUAGAAUUUCGUCAUUAUCACAUUGUUGUAAAGAUAUUGAAUUCACACACAAGCAUCUAU